CAGGUGGCGCUGCGCUGCGCCUUUAAGAAGGUGCUUUAAUAAACAAUGAGCGUCUCCGGCUGGCAGCAUGACAUCACCGCUGGAUUUGGAGACAGAGACGCGCACAGAGAACGCUGAGGCCACAUUAACCGAAUCUGCACCAGCCAAGUAAAUAUCGGCUUCGUUAUUUCUCAGACUUUCUCCAGGUUGCUUGGAUAACAGGUAAAGAAUACAGGCAAUUUUCAGCCCUAAACUGGCCACAGACCGAUAAGGAUUUAUCGACAUGGCCUCGAUUUAGGACCGUACAGCUUCAGCAUCAUUAUUAUCUGACGGUACUGGAUGUCCCCUCCCCCACCACCCCAUUUACGAAUGGUCCGGUUUUAGGCGUCUUUUCUUCCGAACAAGAUAAACAACAACAACAACAAGCAAAUUCCAGUGCACGGACGGAUAUUUAUCACGUCCCGGCAUUUGUGGAGGUCAGACUGCGUUGCGUUGUUUGUCGCGAGGUGAUGCACACAGCUGAGCACGGGGUCUCGCGCGCUCACGCCAACCGAAGCUGUCCGUGGUGCUGAAGGCGGCUGAGACGAAGCUCCGAGGAGUAUGGCCGCCGGCAAGCUGCUGCUAUAUGCCGGUCUCUCUCUCUCCCUCUGCGCACUAGGUAUGCUGGCCGUGGCCGUGUGCUCCGACCACUGGUACGAGACGGACGCCAGGCGCUAUCGAGAGCGGUGCCGAAGCUUCUCGAGCCGCCGCAAGGACCCGGGUUUCAUCUACAUCCCCAACAACAGCCUGCCUCUGCGCGCUAGCCGCUCGCGACUCGACCGCUGGGAAGGCAAGCUGCUCGUGACGCGCAACCGACGGCAGCUUUUUGCCAUGAGCGCCGCUGACGAGUGCAGCCGCCAAUAUAACUCCACCAACAUGGGUCUGUGGAGCAAAUGCCACCGCCUCGGGUUCGACCAGGACAUCGAGGACCUGAUUCGAAAAGGUUCUAUUGCACGAUGCUCCUACAUCAAGUACCACUAUUCCUCAGCCACGAUACCCAAGAAUCUGUCCUAUAACAUCACCAAGACCAUCCGACAGGACGAGUGGCACUCCUUGCACCUGCGCAGGAUGACGGCGGGCUUCAUGGGCAUGGCUGUGGCCAUUAUCCUUUUCGGCUGGAUCAUUGGCAUGCUCGGCUGCUGCUGGGACCGAGGCCUCAUGCAGUAUGUGGCAGGUCUGCUCUUCCUCAUGGGCGGUACCUUCUGCAUCAUCUCGCUGUGCACCUGUGUAGCAGGAAUUAAUUUUGAGCUUUCCCGCUAUCCACGCUACCUGUAUGGGCUCCCGGACGACAUCAGCCAUGGUUACGGCUGGUCCAUGUUCUGUGCCUGGGGAGGCCUGGGCCUGUCGCUCAUCGCCGGCUUUUUCUGCACGCUGGCUCCCUCCGUUCAGCCGAUCCCACGCUCCACCUGCCCCAAAUCCCGGCAAGAAAACGGCACGGUGUGUUAAGUGGAGGCUUCUGACAAAGCCACCAUGCGGCUGCGUGCUGAGUGAAAAACAUACAAACAAUAAGACGACUGAUUAUCCAAAACCAUACGUUUGUUCCCCCGAGUCAUUUCUGAUCUCACCACUCAAACGCCAUUUUGUGUGACUUUGCAAAUAAGAAUUUUGAUCGUUCCAUGACAAAAAAAAGAAGGAUGAAAGUCAGUGUGUUUUUGAGAUACGGAAAUGGAGAUACCACACAGGAAGACUUUACUUUCAGGAUUAUUAUCUUUUUUCCCAUGAGAACAUUGAGAAGAGCAGCAUGAAACGGCGACUAACGGAGACUUGUUCAUCAGUAUGUGAAAAUACAGCAGCAUGAAACUUGAAAGGUGUGUAAGAGUUUCUAGCUGUUCUUAGUUGUCUCUUUAUUGCUAAAUUGGUGCUUUUGGGGUUGCUAAAAUAAAUCCCUAUAGUAUAUGUGUUUUGUGUUUGAAGAGCUACAGAACUGGAUACGGUGCCAAUCUAUGUCUAAGGAGAGUAACAGUGCAAAUGACAGCAGAAACAGUUCGGACCAAUGGAUUCUGUGACACAAAUAGACUUAGUUCUACUGAACUGAAGCAGCACUGGAUACUGGACGCAAAACACAGCCACAAGUCGUUUGGUCUGUAGAAAAGAUAUCAGUAUGGUUAGAGAACAUAUGGAGGAACGGUUCCAGUAUCUCCACACUGCUAUAUUGCAAUUGUAAAGAAUAUUCCAGAGCAAAUCAUGACCAUGAUGGAGGUUUGGGAGAAUUUCAUUUCUUCCAUCAUCCAACAGGAUCGUUUGAAUAUUUUUAACAUGGUAGUCCACCUCUAUUUUGUUUUUUUUUUAUCUGCUUGAUUUUUUCUGCCAUUAACAUGCACCAGGGAUGGAUGUGAGUGUAUAUGUGUGUAUCUGUCCUUUAUCUGUCCAUAUUGCUCUUAUGGAUUCAUGUUUAUGUGAAAGGGUGGGUUCAGAUUCUGUAGAGAAAAUGAUGGAGGGACAACAGUGUCAGAAAAAAAGCAAAUGCCGUAAACUUUCAACUCAGUAGGUUAGCUCUUUGAUAAACAGAAAAAAAAGGAUCAAAAAGGAAAGAUGCCAUAUCUUGUCAGAAAAGAAGAAAGCACAGUUUUCCUAGAGACAAUGACAACUCAGCAUCACAGGAGCUGUCUGUGAGAUGGCACUUAUUCCAUUUGAUGAGGAAGAAGCCUUUGUUCGAAGCGAGCUUCCUGUUAUUGUAACGCCCCAUUUUAACGGGCUCAUUAAAAAGACAGUGUUUGCAUGCUUCUUAAUUACAAGAGACAUUAGUGACAGAAGAAAUCGUUGCACCUUCUUCAGAAAAAGCUUCUGAAUUGAGGCGAGAGUGGCCAUCAUAUAAAGCACAAGCUUAAUGCAACCUAUAUGGCCCUGAACACUGUUGGGCCCUUACUCCAAUCCGGAUCAAGCCGUGAUGCUCACAUUCAUCAUCUUGCAUUGCAUUCGAUUUCAUUUUCCUCAGUAUCAAUUAUUAACAUCCUUAGAGAACCAUGUAGUGUAUCUAAAAAGCUCAAUCCCAUCUCAGAGAAGGUGUCCUCAGUCUCAGGCUGGCCUAAUUGUAUUGUGCCACUGUUUUUGGAGUCUCUCAUGUCUAGAAUCAAUCUGAAAUGCUAGGUUAUGUUCCCUCAGUCAGUAAUAAUAGGACUUAUGCAGACCUGCCAACCCUCAAGAAGAAGAGGAAGAAGAAAAGGGUUAGGGUUAGGGUUUUUUAAAAAAAAGCAGUCUGUCCUCUUCUAGGUGACACCAGAUUAGUGAAUAGGAGUCAUUACUCUUAUAAUAUUUACUAUAAAAUCUAACAGUACAGAGUGUGUUGACUGGACCUUCAAUCUGAGGGUCGUUAUUGAUAUCAGGUCCUAACUUUAAAAAAAUGUAAAGUUUUUUUUCAGCAGAAAGUCUCAGUAAAAGAAAUGUUGGUGCAGCAACAUUUAAUAAUAGUAAUGAACUCGAAGCUUUGUCUGUAAACUUGAUUGAAGGUGAGGAUGACACAUUUUUUAUGCAAGAAAUCAAGAGAGGAAAAAUUUCAUACUAAAUAUUAAUCAGAUGAGAUCAGGUGGAAGUUAAUGUCAGGAGAGAGUCCAAAACCUACACAACUAGUCAAUCAUUUCAGAGAUAUAUAUAGAGUAAAAAAGACAGGUUUGGGUGAUAUUUCGUGUCCUGGUGCACUUUGAUGUGAAAAUACCUACACAAAUUGCAUAAAUGUUGGCAGGUCUGCUAAUGCAGGUGAACAAAAACGUGGUAGAACUUGGGUAGUUUUGGUCUUCGUUCAUCUGAGCUCUGUGGUCUGGAAUGUAAAGAGAUUUGGAUGCAAAAUGUUAACACAGUUAGCUAUGAAAUUCCAUUAGGCCAACCUAUAGGACCCAGAUGGAAACCCAUGUCCCUGAUUACUAGCUUCUCACAACUGCAAUGAUGUAUGGAAAUCUGGUCUCAAAGGAAAAUUGUAUAAGCCCAUCUGGUCUUAUAUAAGAUGGUGUUCCUGGAUACACUUGAAAGGAAAAAAUAUUUAGGCUAUUUCAGUCUGCGAGGAUUACGCAACCAGGCAUUGAUAUAAACGGGGUCGCAUCCGUUCCUCACUGGUGAAAAGCUUUUUCCCAUAAUUUCUUAUCCGGAGGCUGCAGGCCAGCACCACUACAUCUGCUUUAUCAUAGCGAGAAAACAUACAUCAUACAUCAGACAAAUCUCAUUUUUCAUGAACGUCAGUGACUUUUCUUUUUAAAAAAGCAUGUAGUCAGUAUAGCUGCACAUGACAUUGGGUUCAAGUGAAUUAAACAAUUAGUUAAAUGUGGACAUUUCAGACGCUUAACACAAAUCAGGCCAAUGUAUCUCUACAACCCAAAGUUAAUCAUUUUCAGUACAUUUAUUGCAGAAGGUAAUAUUUCUGAUUCUACUUUACUGAAGCAACUAUUUUAUUAAAAAGAGAAAUAUUCAGGCAUUAUGGGACAUUCAGAUCAAAGCUGUGUUUAUUAAACCAACAUGGGAAAAGAAUCUUUAGACAUAUCAUGUCAUCACUCCAUCCAACUAAUGUCUGUGUUUACAUGAAAGCAGCCAAACAUGCGUAUUGUGUCUUUUUGUUUAAAGAACAAGCAUUUGGAUGUUUGGGUAUAACAUUUUGAGUGAGUGGGAAUAUAUUUUUUUCCUCCGUGUUGUAAAAUAGUAGCAGGAUAACAGAAACUGCAACUUUCAUUUUUAUGAGAAUUACAAAUCUAUGGACUUAUCGAAUUUUUUUCAUCAGUAAUGUGUCUGUUGCAUAAAUCCAAAAAAUGUACAAAAAAUGAAGAAAAAAAAAUCCUGAAAUGUUAAAACUGUGGAAUGUAAAACCAUAAAAUAAAAUGUCAUUGGUGUGUUUA